AUGGCUGUAAAUGAGAGUAUUUGUCAACGCGACUGUGAGCUCUACACCGCGGAGGCAAAAUCGCCAAACCUAUCGACAGCGAGGACAGUCAACAUUGCAGAGGAAGAAAUGAGGACUGCUCAAAUGCUUUACCCCAUACGCGCCGAGCGCCAAACGUCGAAUCAGCUGAUUGAACUGCAGACAGCCAUUGUGCGCCAGACAAGGAGGCUUGUUGAGGCGGGUCGUCAGCAUGGCACCGAAGACAUUGAACUUCUGCUGAAUAUUGAGGCCUUGGAGAGGGAAGCGGGACGUCUACGGCAACAAGUGGACAAAAUAGACGCGAUGGUUGAGGCAAAAAAACUGGAGUCCAAGAAAAUGCGUGCCAAAAUUAGACAUCUUCAGUCGAAACAGAGUCAUCAGCCCGUAGAAUAA